AUGUACAUCGCCAGUCCGGCACCUGUUGAUCGUGGAUCCUCUAUCGCCAUCCCAAGCAUAGUUUUCUUUUCUUCAGGAGAUGGUUAUCGACCUUCCAUCUCUCGAGUGCCUUCUUCAGGAUCCAGAUGGUGUACCUCAUCCUCUUGUUCUCCAAGGUCUCUUGCAUCUCAUAGUGUAGUCUAUUUCAGGGAACCUUGGUCGGUCAAGGGAGUUUCGCAAUCAACUCCCCAACUUAUCAAGGGUGCACCCAACACGAGACAGGCUUAUAAAUCUGCUUGGAGCAGAUGGCAUAGUUGGUGCAUGAAAUUAAAUUUAAAUCCCAUAUCGGCUCCUUUUAUGUCUGUCCUCCAUUUUUCUGACUUCUAUGAUGAAGGUAAAGCCUAUCGCACUGUGGACCUUACCGAUCGUCCAUUUCUGCUGGCCAUCAAAGUUUUGAUUGGACGCCUGUCGGUUGACAUCCUGUCAUAUAUUGACUUCUCUGAGGAAUAUGGUUUGCUCAUUCAUCCUUACCACAAUACUCUGUCUUGUGGGAAGUCUCUAUUGUCUUGA